CGGAAGAGGAUGGCGGCGGGUCGGCGCCUGGCGCGCUGCGCGGGGACGCGGCUCCCGCUCCGGCUGGUCCCGCUGCUGCUGCUCUCGGGGGCCGCGCUGGCGCCCGGGCCGGCUGGCGGAGCUCCGGCGGAGCCCGGACGAUGGCGCCUCACGGCCGGCAACAACCAAAAGGACAACUUGUUUUUCUUGCCCAAGACGAUGUUUAAGGGGACCAGGAUUUUCCUCAAAUUUCCGCUGGACACCUGCAGCCCGGAGGCGCCCCUCAGCAUCACCUGGUACCUUCGCAGCUUCCACUGUCACAACGAAGUCUACGUAAAUAGAAACGAAAGCCUGGCCUAUCUGAAGAGUCGGGAGAACGAAGACAGGGGCGGCCUGCACGUUUGGCACAGCGCCCAGACCCCGUGCGGCCAUCUCCACGAGCUGCAAAUCUCGACACUCCCAGCGCCCCGAAGGCUGAAGCAAGAGCAGCACGUCACCAGUUCGCCCCCGGCGGGCAAGAAGAAAAGGGACGUCUCCAAACCGUCGGAUGCCAAGAAAGGCGAGACGGACAAAGUGAUGGCCAGCAAGCAGGGGACAAAAGAGGGGCUGAAGCCCAAGGACCUCCCUGCGGAGAAGCCGCCUCCCCCAGCGGAUGGGAAAGCAGCGGGGCAGGCCGAGACGAAACCCAAGGCCGGGGAGAACGAGAACCAGGAUUCCGUGGUAGCCGAAACCUGGGACGACGGGCCGUACGUCUUCAUACUCAGCAUCAACACCUCGUCUCCCAGCUGGACGCUCUUUAUUGACGUGCAGAUGAAACAUCCUCAUUACCAGUACAUCUCUGCCUCGGAAUGGCCUCUGAUGGUGUUCUAUAUGGUGAUGUGUAUCGUCUAUGUGCUCUACGGGGUGCUGUGGCUGUCCCUCCUGGCCUGCUACUGGCGAGACAUCCUGCGUAUCCAGUUCUGGAUCGGCGGCGUCAUCCUCUUGGGCAUGCUGGAGAAGGCCGUCUUCUACGCCGAGUUCCAGAGCAUCCAGAGCCAAGGAGUGUCAGUUCAAGGGGCGGUGAUCUUCGCCGAGGUCCUGUGUGCCGUGAAACGGAUGUUGGCCCGGGUGCUGGUCAUCAUCGCUAGCUUGGGAUACGGCAUUGUCAAGCCGCGGCUGGGGGCUCUCUUGAACCGCGUCGUGGGUGUCGGGCUGAUGUACCUUGUCUUCUCCAUCAUCGAGGGCGUCCUGAGGGUGAAGCCGCCCGAGGAGAAAACUAACGAAGUCGCCCUCUUCUGCGAAAUUUUCCUGGCUUUUGUGGAUUCCUGCAUCGUCUGGUGGAUCCUCAUUAGCCUGGUGCAAACCAUGAAGCUGCUGAAGCUGCGUCGGAACCUGGUGAAACUCUCGCUCUACCGCCACUUCACCAACACCCUCAUCUUCGCUGUCAUCGCCUCAGUUGCCUUCAUUAUCUGGACCACAAAGACUUUCCGGCUUGCCGCGUGCCAGACGGAUUGGCGGGAACUCUGGAUCGACGACGCCUUCUGGAGGUUCCUCUUCUCCAUCAUCCUGUUGGUGAUCAUGUUCCUCUGGAGACCGUCGGCCAAUAACCAAAGAUAUGCCUUCAUGCCCUUGGUGGACGAAGGCAGUGAGCAGGAGGACGAGGACGAGGAGCACAUGGUGAAUGAGGCUUUCGAAGGGAUGAAGAUGAGGGGCGGAAAACCCGAAGUCAAUGGGAUCCUCAAAGGCGCCAGAGUGGAUGAAGACUUGAAAUGGGUUGAAGAAAACAUUCCAUCUUCCAUGGCUGAUGUGGUGCUGCCCCCUUUGCUAGACUCUGAUGAGGAAAUCGUGACCACAAAAUUUGAAAUGUCCAAGAUGGAGUAAAAAGUCCGGAUCGUGGCCUCUUGCUCAUCCGCGCUCUCUUCCUGACGGGUUUUGUACGGAUGAAGAGUCACAGAUGGCCGCGUGGUGUUUUUUUUUCCCCUUUGUUUUUUUUUAAAAAUUUCAUUUCGCACAUGCGUAUAAAUAUAUAUAUACAUAUAUAUAUUUGUAUAUGGUUAAAAGAUUAUUUUAUUACCUUUUGUGUUUCUAACUCUGGGACUUUGGCCCGUCGAGGACUUGCUUGCCUGUCUCACCCAUGGGGGCCGGGAGUCGCUGAGAUGGCCGUGGCCUUCCACCAGAGAGGAGGAUCAUGGGACAUGACGACGAAACGCGCUCCCUUCCGCUUGUCUCUCCGGCGACGUCUGUGGAACAAGUGUCUUCGGACGCGGGAGCGCGGGGACUGCUCUGUCUGUGCUCUCACCUCAACCUUGCGUACUUUUGUAGCGGUGCCGCUGAUGUUGCCUUUCCACGGUGACCUGAUGGGGGCGCUGCAGGGCAGUGUGUGAAUCCAAAGCUGAAAGGAGGAGGAGGAGGAGGUGCAGCCCGGCCCCCACCACCUUCCCCUGGUGUCAACCUAAUCUUUCUAGGCCAGGUAGUGAUCAGUGACCACAGGAGGGUGUCCGUAUGUCUCUGCACAUGUGGUUGGUGAGUUGCACUUUAGGUACGAGGAGGCGUAUGGUCUGUGUGAAAGAGUUUGUCUCUAGGUAGACAGAGGCCUGGUUCGCACGUCGGGACAACCCAGAGCCUGUGCCAAGAAUAGAUUGUCGGUGAAUUGUGGCUUGUUGUUAUGUGCAAACCCUUAAGUAUAGUUUAACUAUGGGUUCUUAGCCACGAACAACCUCAGAAGAGAACCCAUGGUUUGGGUUGUAAACUCUGGUUUGUUCGUGGUUAACAACCCACAGUUAAACCAUAGUGUAGGGUUUGGACAUAACAGCAACCCAUGAUUCAACAAUCCACGAUUCAUCGACAACCCAUACUCUGGGUUGUCGUUACAUGCAAACCAGGUCUGAGAAGGUUGCCCGUUCCUUUGGAGGCACCCUUAGCCUGGCCAUCUCCAACCUGGUGCCCUCCAGAGGUGCUGGACUAGAGCCUCUCUACCCCACCCCCACCCCCAGCCAGCAUAACUCUUCACCAGGUUGGAGAAGGCCUGCCCUAGGCUGGGCUGCAUGGCCGUUCUGUGCAGGGCAGCAAUGUCCAACUCCGUAACGGGGCUGCCGUUCUGAAAGCGACAUGGAAAGGCGGACGGUGGGGGGUGGAACGACCAGCCCUUCUGGCGAGUAAGAGCACGGCGGCUGAACUGUGUCUCAACACCAGUGGGUCCGAGGAAUAUUUUGUGGGUGUUGGGCAGGGGGCGGGGGCAGAGCAUGGAAGCCCCCGGCUCUGGAUCUGGCUUGCCACAGCACCUCUCUGUCCUGACCCACAGAAUCUGUUUCUUAAAACAGAGUUAAAAUGAGUGAACUGUGUCUUUGGGGGGCUCAGCAGAAGAGGCGAUGAAGGGAAAGCCAAGGAGGAGACCCCCUCCUAUGGGCAUGCGGACGGCUGUGUGCGGCGGCGUUCAUUGGCUGGGCUGGGUCGUAGGUCUUGUUCUCAAAUCCUUCUUGAGGGGACCUGGCCAGCCCCGGUAGCAGUAUUGGCUAAGCGCCAUGGCACCCGGGAUGUUCCUUUCCGUCCUUUUCUUUCUCUUUUGGGGUAAGGCUGGAUGGAAAGCGUCUUUUCCCUUCGACAUUUGACCCAAAGCGCCGUCCGGUCCACCUCCGCCACCCUUUGUUCCCAGGGGACGUCUCUCCGCUGUCUCCCCAACCGGUUUGGCAGAGGGACCCUCCCAAACUUGGGACAUGUGAUGUACGCCAUCCCUCGCCCUGGUUCUGCAUUUAACAAAUGCUUUUCUGAAUUGUGUGGGGUUACGUUUUUCUUCCAUUCCAUCUGGGUCUCCUGUGGGGAGCUUUGCUCUGCUAAUGGCCGCCUUCUCGUCCCCCCCCCCCCCCAGCUUCGCCUCCCUUCUGACGUGAUGCUUCGAGAUGGCUUGGAUCAGUUUUCCCCAACCUGGUGCUCUCAAAUGUGUUGGGCUACAGUUUCCAUAAUCUGUUGGGGAUUAUGGGAGUUGUAGUCAACCAUCUGGAGGGCACCAGGUUGGGGAAAGCAGACAUGGAUGACGAGGGUCAGGGGAGGAAGGCCAUGAUUUCUUUCCAAAUAACCUUUAUUUAUUUUGAACUUGUACAUAUGUCUUUGGAGAGGGAAAGCCGUGUGUGUUUUAUGCAGUACUAUUUUAAAAAAAAAAUCACACCCCCUAA